AUGCUUUCCUCUUCGGGCACGUUUGUUAUUUCCUCCCCUAUGUACUAUUCCCAUUCUGAUUGCGGGUAUUGCGAAGGGAAAAAGGAAAAGUUUCUAGGGCUAAAUCUACCAGCAGGAGCAAAUGCACCAAAGCAAUGUCUCAGUUCCUCCGUUGGAACUCACGUUGAACAAAUGACAUGUCAGCAUUACGAUUUUCUAAUCAACCGGAAUUUCAGGCGCUCUGGUAACUUUCUAUACAAAGGCGAUAUGCUUCGAGGAUGCUGUCGCAUGUACACUAUCCGAACAGAUAUGGGACAAAUGAAAAUUACAAAAGAGCACCGACAGGUGGUGAAUCGCUUUAAGCGUGCAAUUCGGGAUGACAAACAAAGUACGCAAGUCAGCACAAACUCCAAAAAGGGUGAGAGUUUCGAAUUAGUGUCCUUAAUCCGUGCUGAGCAGCAGUCACUGCGCUUUCGGACCAGAUAUGAACCCGCAGUGUUUUCUAAAGAAAAGUUUGAGCUAUACAAGAAGUACCAGGUCCGUGUACAUAAUGACAAUCCAAAAACUGUCAGCGAGUCAUCAUUCAACCGCUUUUUGUGCCAGUCUCCAUUUACAGAAACAGAGCUCGAAGGCACGCCCGAACAGUGGCUUGCACUAAACAGUUGGACUAAAAAUUGGCCACAUCAUGAAAAAUGUCACAGAUUAGGACCAACACACGAGUGCUAUUAUUUGGACGAAAAAUUAAUUGCCAUUUCGGUUUUGGACUUUCUUCCGUCAGGAUUAUCGUCUGUUUAUUUUAUUUGGGAUCCUGAUUACGCUCAUCUUUCUUUGGGAACGCUUCUGGGGAUAAGAGAAAUUCAAAUGUGCAAGGAGCUUGGCUUGGGCUACUAUUAUCUUGGGUAUUAUAUUGAAGACUGUGCGAAAAUGAGAUACAAGGGCAAAUUUGGCGGAGAGGUAUUAGAUGUUUGCAAUGGAGCAUAUGCUCCUUUGGAAAGGAUCAAGCCGUUUUUGCAUGAUGGUAAGUUCUUUACCCUAUCAGAACUGGACUCGUCAGAAAUAUCAGAGAAGGAGCUCGAUUUUCUGGAAAUGCCCAUAAAGUGGAGUUCAGAUUACGUGGAUGCAAGUGAGGCGAUCUAUGGCUUGGAGAAAACCUACGAUGAUGCUAAGAAGACAAAAGACACACUUGCACAGAAGCUUCAUCUUGCGGACCCAAAGGGAAAUGUAAACAUGGAAUUACCGGAUGUAUUCCCAGGAUGCCUUCCUUUGCAUCAGAUACUCACGCUUUUUGAGAAUUUAGGCGACAUAGACUUGCCUGUACGUGUUUAUGAUUACGAACGCAAUGCCUUGUGUCGGUCGUUCAGCCAUCUCCCUGCUAGAUUGAAAUGUGCUGCGGUUGAUUGUAUCCGCCUUUUCGGUGUGGAGAUGUUCCUUAACUCAAUUAUGUACGGCUAG